AUGAGUAAGGUCAGCUCAUACACAAAGAGAGAGAGGAUUAGUGUUGUAAAACAACAACAACAACAUUAUUAUAAUCAUAGACACUCGCACAAGACAAGAAAUAAUAAUAAUAAUAAUAAUAAUAAUAAUAAUAAUAAUAAUAAUAACAAUACAACUACAACAGUUACAUUUACCUUUUAA